UAGUUUACUUCUCUCGGACACGCGCUUUAAUGUUUGUUUACUUCUAAAUAACGAACGGAAUUAACGCGUCGCGAACCCACCGCACUACCGCGAACACUCGGCUACUUCAUUGAUAAGUAUGUAUACUGAUCUCAAUAGAUUAAUUAUUUUUAAACGACAUUGACUUUUCUUGCAAUGACAUGAUCUGUCAUGUUUUAUGCGUGUCUUCUUUAAAUCAUUUCGAAUUGGAUCGUAUUCUGUUUGUUGUGGUAAUAUUGACACGUGAAGUCUCCAAAUUAGUACGCACUGGCUGAGUCAUUGGACAUUAAGUACGUACUAAAACUUGACCAGGCAGCGCUGGAUAACAGACUUGACAUGAGUAACUUACUUAUUAAAGUGAAUGUGCCUGCUUCAGGGGUGUAAAGUAUUAACUUCAUUAGUUUAAUACAAAUGUAUAGUUUGUACUUUUCUCAAGUAUUGAAUACUGUAAUUUUACAUUUUAAAGCAAAUAAGCUUUAUUUGAUUUUAGAUAAUUGUCAAAUCUAGUAAACAUGUAUUUUCGUCUUACUACGAUAAUUUCACAGAGGUAAAAAUAAAGUAUACUUGAAUUUACUAAAAAUAUACUUGAAUACAAGAAAGUCCAUUUAAGAACAUUAUUUUUUUAUAAAAGUGUAAAAUUUACACACUAUAAAUGUACUUAUUAAAAUUAUAGUACUUCUUUAGUACUUAAAAAGUACACUAAAUUUAACAGUAUUACUUUUUACAGUAAUAGAUUUUAAGUGUAGGCGUAUUGACAUAAAUGGUGUCUCAAAUUAGCACUACUGAGUACACUUAGGAAGUACUAAAGAUUAAAGUUUUUUAUACAAAAUUAGUGCCUGAAAAUAGAAUACUAUUUAAGUAUACUUCAAGUGUAUUUUAGUGUACUUUUCCACCUGGCUUUACCUGUUAGACCGGUCAAAUUUAGUAAAAAAUGUAUUUUCAUCUUAAUAAAAUAAUUUUACUCUUAUUGUUACUUAAAACUCAGAAAACAGUUAAUGAAACACAUUUCUGUGAUACGAUGAUUUACAACUAUAACCAUUGCUGAAGGUUAAAAAAACUGAUUUGAAUGUGACUUAAGUUUAGUAAAAAUAGCUAAAAAAAGAUGACAGUACAUCUAAAGUUUAAUAAUUUAACAUUUGGUGUGUCCUAAAGCAUUUGUCAGGACAGAUAGCUUUCCAAAUAUGUGCAUUAUAGUUUCAGUUUUAUUUAUAGUAAAAUGUUUACAUUUUUAAUAAGUGCAAAUUAAUAACAAGAAUGUAUUUAGCUUGGCAGUUUAACAUUUGAGUUCAUUUUGAUCCAAAACUUGUACUUGAUUAUAAUUUCUAUGUACUUUUUACACCCCUGGCUGGUUUCAGAUCAAUACAUUAUUUACCACCAUGAUCGGUUCUCCAGAUUUGUUGGCCUUUACAAAAGAGCCAGAUUUCAGGGAAGUAAGCACAAACCCAUUAGCACUUCCUGAGGAACUGUCUGUUCCCACUUAUGCUGUUGACACCACACCAUGGUCUAAGAUAUCCACUGCGAAAUUCAAAAAAGAUUUUAUCCUGUUAUCCGAGUUUUCUGAGCAAGUCGGCCCCCAGCCUUUGCUUACAGUUCCUCAUGAAACCAAAGCUUGUGGGACGUUUGACCUUAACCACUUCUCGCUCCGAAUCAUGUCGGUGGACUAUCAGACCUCCCUUACCGGCUCAGGGAACAUGUCCACUAAACUGAACUUUGUGGAGGACUCCAAAGUAGUUUUAGGGGAUUCCAAGGAAGGAGUGUUUGCAUACGUCCAGCACUUUACCUUGUAUGACCUGGAGGCUCGAGGGUUUGUGCGUCCUUUCUGCCUCGCCUACGUGUCGUCCGGUGAGAAUAAAAUCAUACAGCAAUUUCAGCAGCUUUCUGCGGAGUUCUCCAAAGUUUCAGAAUGCCUGAAAACUGGGAAUAGGAAGAACUUUGCGAAGGAACUUGAAGGCAAACUAAGAGAUUUAGAGUAUACGAGAGCUGUUUUAUUUCAAGAGAUGGAGAGAGAGAAUGUAAAUAACUCAUCUGUUAAAUACACCAAUGAAAGGGAAUGGACAGUAAAAGGUGUACCUAUAGAGAGAGAUACAGAGGAUGAGAAACUUAAAGAAAAUUUACUGUUACAUAAAAGUGAAGUGAAAGUAAAAGCGGAAGCUGGAUGUGGACAUUUAAAAGAGAAAGUAGGGACACAAAAUUGUACAUCAAAGUAUGAAAGUGAGAACACCUCAAAUAACAGGUCUGUUAUGCCCAUCAAUAUUGAAGUGGGAGAGAUAACAGGCGACAAUGAGAGAGCAGACAAGCAGAAGAAAGGUGCCUCAAUGCCACCAACUAAAACAAACGAGUUGGUCAGUGUGGAGAAAUGUAUUCAGGAACAUAAAAGCCUUCUGAAACAAGUCAUCUACUAUCCCACAAGGAAGCUCAGAAACUCUGAGUUCUCACCUUAUGAACCAGAUGACCUUCCUCAGUCUCUGGAGCCUGACCUUGACGAUACUAGACUGCAUGGUCAGCUUACCAGGCCAGUACCAGAAUGCAGUGUCUUUCACAUGAACACACCCCUGCAUUCUCCAAAGCUGAUUAACACCACUGUAUGUAGGCAAUUUGACAGGCGCUUGAAAACUCUCGAGGAGUUGUGUGACGAGUACUUCCACCAACAGGCACUACAGCAAUUGCACUCCAUUGAACGGACAUUCAGGGGAGAUGGCAGCCACAUCUACGCAAACCAACUUUGCCAAAACCUACUCCCCAAGCUCAAAUCCACAAACUUUUUGUUUGAGGACACUUACUUGGAAGAGACUGACAAUCUUUCAUCAAUCCGUCAAGCAUCUUUUCUUCCAGCACCCACAAUACUUAGUGAACCGGUGAGUCUUGAGUCAUAUACUUCCUGUGUUGAAAUGGUCCCAAUCAAACUGGAGCUGGGAGUUGUUACUUUAUCAAGUACCUUAAAUGAUAACCUACCCCUGUCACCUGAAGGGUCCACAGUACAGACUGAAAUUGAAGAUAAGGGAGGCACCAGCGUUUUGGCAGCAGAUUGUGAUAAUUCCCAGGAUGCAGAAUAUGUUGCGGGUGUAAUGAAGACCAGCAUUAGUAGUGGAGACAGUAUUGAAGUCUUAGGAACAGAAAAGUCCUUCAGAUCACAAGGUUCAAGUAUACUCAACAAUACACCACUGCCAAAAUCUCUACCUAUCUGUACCACAGCAGCAACGGAGGGUCUAAAGCAGGGCAGGGUACCCACAAGGCGGACAAUCAGUGGAGACAGCAUUGAGAUACUUAGUACAACGGACUCUAUUCUACCAGAAGACCUGCAUGCUUUAUAUUCAUGUGUUAUUGAUGAGGAAAGUCCAGAGCAAGACACAGAUGAGACAGACAUGUCUCAAAACCAAAAGGACAAGCAAGUCGACUGCGUUUCCGUUGUUGGAAAUGCAAUACCUGGAAUUUUUGUUAAUGAGCCACAUGGUUGUCCUCUUGUUACUCUAACCCCGCCAGACCCGGCCAUGAUGUUUCCUUCUCAGGAUGAGCGUCACGCAUCAUGUACCCCUCUUUCCUUGUUGGAGGAGCCCUGUCGAACAUUACAGGAUGAUUUAUCAGACUGCUUUAGUUUUCGCAGCACCACUGCCUCAGAUUGCACCUUCUCCACUUGUACUCAGGGAGAUAAAAGAGACGGUGGGACAAAACAGAGAUGCAGCAAAGUAGGACGGGCAGCAUUAAAGUUCCUGCGACAAUUUCCGUUUGCAGUACACGUAGUCUUUAGCCUUUUAAGCGGACGAACGCUGGUGGUGCUCGGCAGUGAGGAGGCUACAGUGAGACGACUUGUUACGGGAUUGUCUGUCUACACCCCACAUGCAGGACGAUACAGGGACAGUGUUCAACCUUGGGUUUCAACGCCACUGCAGCUUACCGACCUGCUUAACUGGAAACUUGUUGGAUAUAACAGGAUGUGCUGUGUCACUCCAGGUUUGCCUCACUUUUUGGGCCAUUAUAGCAGAUACAUCAGCGUUCUAGAUGUGGAUCAAAAGACACUGCGAUGUCCAACAUAUAGUGGUACUCUUAUCAAUCAGCUGGUGGAUCCAAGGAGCCACAUUAUACGAGGGAUCACCUAUUUCUUGUUUGUUCACAGUGUGUUAGGCAAGCUGGUUGCCAAAGCGUUUCUCUCAACAUUUUCGCAUGAUAUUCACAUUUCCAGUAUGUCUGGUAAGAGUACACAGACAGUGUGUGGUCAUGACGAAUUUCACAGAGAUGAUAAAAAAAUCCUCCACUAUUUAUCGGAGCUCAUCAAACUGGAUUUUACACAAGCUCCACCCAAUGUCCUCCGAUUUAGCUACACAACUAACUCAGUAUUCAAACUCUAAAAAAUACUCAGUCUGGUUUGAUUUCUUGCAAACACAUUUUGAUAGUAAAGUCUGUGCAUUUUUUUUGCAUGCAAAAUAUUUCCUAUAACUUAUAAUACUCUUGCCAGUUUAUGUUGUGAGCCAUUUGGUAUCUAUACCAAACCAAUACUGAAUACCUAUGUAUUAAUAAAAACUGUUUUUGUGAUGUUUUCA